AUGGCAGCUCCUAGUUAUUUGAAUCGCUUCCCAAUCAAGAAGUUCCCUGUAACUACAAUUCCUGUGCCUUUGCUAAUUCAUGGCUUCGUGGGCUUCUUCUUUCUGUAUAUAAUCUUUGACUGUGCAAGAAGAUUUUUCAGUUUUUUGUCUUUUGCUAAAUCCAAAGUUGAUGGUGAAAAGGAAAAAACCUACCAAAAGCUGACAUCUUUUAGUGAGAAAGUAGUUGAUGGAAGCCUAUGCAGGGAAGAAGUUGAGUUAGUUAUGGCUAAUUUGGGAAUUUUUGUCCAUCCUGAAGGUGUAAAGAUUCAAGAGAGGUUGGAUUCUAGUGACAUUUUUGACCUAUUUGGAGAGGAACUAGAAGCUAAAGAGCAAGAUGUUAAAGAAGCUUUUGGUGUCUUUGAUGAGAACAAAGAUGGAUUUAUUGAUGAAUGGGAUUUGCAGAGAGUUCUGUGCGCUUUGGGAUUAAAGCAAGCUGCAGACUUGGAAAAUUGCAAGAAGAUGAUCAUGGCUUUCGAUGAAAAUGGAGAUGGCAGAAUUGAUUUCCAGGAAUUUAUCAAACUGAUUUAA